UUUUUUUAUUGUUGUUGUUGGUGGUGGUGUUAGUGAUAUAAACAUAUUAGUAACUAAGCAAUGUUUCAUAUUGUUUAAUCAUUUAUUUAUUUUUCAUUAUUUAAAAUAUUUUUUAUAUGCAUUCAAUAAUUAAAUCAAUUAUUAAAUUUAAAAGUAAAAUCAAUCAAUCAAAAAAGGAACCCAAUGAACAAAUCAUUCAUUCAAAAUAUCAAUUUAAUUAUUCAAUAAAUAAUAAUGAAUUACAAAAAAAUAAAAAAGAUAAUAGAAAAACAACACGAAAAUCAUUAAUUAAUAGAUUACAUAAUAGGCAAUCAUCAAAUGAAAAAUCUAUAAAUCAAUAUAAUGAUAAUCAAUUAUCUAAUGAUAAAAAUGAUCAUUUAGAUGUAUUAAAUAAUCAUCAACAAAUUAAUGAUCAACUUAUGAAAUCAUUAAAAUUAAUUAAAAGUCUCCCCAAUUAUGAAGAUUUAUAUCAUGAUCAUAAUAAUGAUGAUAUGAAUGAUUAUCAAGAAUAUAAACAAACUAUACAACAAAUUAAUUCUAUCUUAUCAAAUCCAAUAAUCAAUAAUCCAAAUUAUACAGAAGAAGAAUUAAAUAAAGAACUUGAAAAACUACUCCAAACAGUUUAAAUAAGAACAGGUCAUCUAAAUCAGUCAUAUUAAAUGUUGGAUUAAUAGAAAAUCUUAAUAAAAGCAUAUUGUUGCAAGCGGAGAAGAUUAAAUUAUGGGUAACUUCCGAGAACUAUAUACGGACUGUUAUUAUACAUAUAUUCUUAUUGUAUAACCGUUAAACAACUAGGUUAUAUAUAAAUAUAUAUUCCUUUUAUCAUAAGCCUUCAAUCGACCUGCAAUUUACUAUUCUUAAGUUAUUCCCAGUUUAUGAAUUACAGUUUCUCACACUCACAAAUACUUUUGACCUAAUCUUGUAUAAUUGCUAUUUUUCUAUUUUAUGAUAUAAUGUAGUCUGGUUUACUUAUAUAUAAGUCAAAUAUAUCUGAAAUAUAUGAUUCAUCCAGUGGGAGCUGAGAUUGUGUUCUGGACUCAACGGGUAGAGCUAGACGAGGAGUUACUAUUUUGAAGGCAAAUAAGGAUCCAGAGUUGAUGUAGGGCUGCUAAUGCUUUUUGAUGUUUCAUUAGUUUAGCACAGGAACAAGGUCAUCUAAGUCCAUAUUCUGAUUAUUGACAACACACAUGAUUAAAUUUAUAUUCUACUAUCUGGUG